CUCUGCACAUCCUGUCACAGUAGCUUGAAUACUGCAGAGUAAACAGAUAUCAGGAGGAGGAGGAGGAGGCACUUCUUGGGAAUGAUAAAACAACGGGCAAAGCAAGAACUGCCUGGCCGGCUGAGUGUCUUGAUGGCUGAAGAAAAGCCCAGGUACGACUGCACUGUCAGUGAAGUCACCAUUGUGAACCUGCAGUCCGAGAAAAAUCCCACUCACAUCAUGGCAGGAGGGAAGACAGGAAGCGAACACAGAAAGCUUGGUUUCCAGCCUCUUUCUCCAAGGAUUUCAGAGAAAAGGCUGUCUCAGGGAGAGAAAAAAGUAUGGCCAGAAAAAGUGAAAAAAGAAGCUUUGUCCCCUAGCUUGCAUUGUUCAAAUGAGUCCUGCAGCACAGAAAACAUCACCGUGAAGAGGCCAAUGAAGUUAGCCCCUCUGGAGAUCCCUGUGGAAGUAAAAGAAGCCCAGCUCCAAAAGAUCAUGAGCUUCCAGAGAGAAGCCCAAAUGGCUGCUCAGAAGCUGACAGUUAUCAACUCAAUCAGCAAGGAACCCCAUGUGAAAAGGGUAAAGAAUCUGGUUCAAGGGGAGGUUGAAAACCCUCAAGAGAUGAAGCUGAGUGAGCAGGCAGCUCUAGAGAAUAAAGAUGAUCCUGUAGCCCCUAAAAGCAGUAAACCUUUGGGAGAAAUUCAAAUUAUUUUACCUUCAGAGGCAACUUCUAAGUUAACUAAACAACCUGGUGUUGAAGAUGCUCCAAAGAAACUCCAUAAGCUAUUAAUUCCCACUCUCCAGGUACCUGACAUGCAUGAAGAGUUUAACAGACCUGACAGCAUCUCUGAUCCUUGCCAGAAUGUUUCUCGGCGCCGAUUCAGAUUAAGGCACUUGAAAGAGCAGCAGGAAGACCAUGGGAAAGCCAAACCCCUAAAGGCCAUGGAUCCAAGUGUGGGAGAAGGAAAUCAGAAAUCCGCAGGUCAAAGAACACAAAAAACCCUCAGUGAUGCAAGCAAGCUCAUUGAAAAUGUGGCCAAAAAGCAGAAGGAACGAGGAGAAAAGCAAGGGGAAAUGGAUGAAGCCUCAUUUGUGAGGAGGCAGUCUACUCGAAGAAUGGCCUUGGGAGACAUCAUCCAGGUGGAUGAAGACUGA